CAUAUACUGAAGAUAUCGCUAUCUAUCUGCCUUCUUUCCAUUUGGGGCAUUCGCUACAAACAGAGCAACUCAGAGCAGAGAACUGAAGCAGGAGCGUUUAAAAUGAAGACUGAAAAUCAAUAUACGGGCGCUGUGCCAUGCGAAGGCAGGAAGGGGAGAAUGACUGUCAUCCUCAGCUUGGUGACCUUGGUGGCUGCCUUUGGGUCAUCUUUCCAGUACGGCUACAACGUCUCUGUGAUAAACUCUCCAGAAUUGUUCAUGAAAGCUUUUUACAACGAAACCUACUAUGAAAGGAAUGGGGAGUACAUGAGCAACGACUUGAUGACAGCCCUCUGGUCGAUCACGGUGUCUUUCUUCCCACUUGGAGGCUUCUUUGGCUCACUUUUGGUUGGCCCCAUGGUGAACAAAUGCGGCAGAAAGGGCACCUUACUGAUCAACAAUGUCUUCUCCAUCAUCCCUGCAAUUCUCAUGGGAGCCUCCAAGGUGGCAAAGACUUUCGAAGUGAUCAUCGUCUGCCGUAUCAUCAUUGGCAUCUGUGCAGGCUUGUCUUCCAACGUUGUCCCCAUGUACCUUGGAGAGCUGUCUCCCAAAAACCUAAGGGGGGCCGUGGGGGUGGUCCCGCAGCUCUUUAUCACCAUCGGGAUCCUCACUGCUCAGAUUCUGGGCAUGCGGAUGAUCCUCGGAAGCACAGAAGGCUGGCCAAUUCUGUUGGGUCUAACUGGGAUCCCUGCAGUGCUGCAGCUUUUCCUGCUUCCUUUUUUCCCUGAAAGUCCCAGGUACCUGCUGAUCCAGAAGGGAGAUGAAGCGAGUGCCAAAGCAGCCCUGAAGAAGCUGAGGGGCUGGGAUGACGUAGAGGAGGAGAUGGAGGAGAUGCGCCAGGAGGACGAGGCGGAGAAAGCAGAGGGGCGCAUGUCCGUGCUGACCCUCUUCACCUACCGAGGCCUCCGCUGGCAGCUCAUCUCCAUCAUCGUGAUGAUGGCAGGGCAGCAGCUCUCCGGGAUUAACGCCGUCUACUACUACGCUGACAGUAUCUAUAGGGGCUCAGGUGUGGAGGAAAACGAUGUGCAGUUUGUGACCGUGGGGACAGGAGCCGUCAACGUCGUGAUGACGUUGUUAGCGGUCUUUAUCGUCGAGUCCCUGGGGCGGAGAAUUCUGCUUCUGGCCGGUUUUGGGAUCUGCUGUGUCUCCUGUGCUGUGCUAACGGUGGCUCUGAAUCUCAAGCACAUCAACGGGAUGCCCUAUUUGAGUAUAGCCUGCGUUAUCGCCUAUGUCAUCGGACAUGCUAUCGGAGCCAGCCCGAUUCCGAGUGUGAUGAUAAUUGAGAUGUUCCUCCAGUCGUCUCGCCCAGCGGCAUUCAUGGUUGGAGGCUCUGUUCACUGGCUUUCAAACUUCACAGUGGGUCUGGUCUUCCAAUACAUGGAUCAAGGGCUCGGGGCCUAUUCCUUCCUCAUUUUCUGUGGCAUCUGCUUGGCCACCGUCAUUUACAUCUUCCUGGUAGUCCCCGAAACCAAGAACAAAACCUUCAUGGAAAUCAACCAGAUCAUGGCGAAGAGGAACGGCACCGAAGAGGAGGCAGACAAAGAGGAGCUGAAGGAUUUCGCCGCCAUCUCACAGCCUUACAGCAAGAAAGCCGAGGCACAGAGGAACAGCGCCCUUUAAGACCCCUCUGGUCCCUCGCCCAGGAGUGGCUGAAGCCCAACUCUCCUCCAGCUGUCUUGGUGGCACAUGCCAUCCUUCGAAUUUCCUCCUCCUCCCCGCAUUGUCGUGGGCCAGGUGUAAAUAACCCCAUGUAAAUAACUCCCACCAGCACCCCCCCCCCAAAAAAAGAUAUUGUCCUUUCUCUAGCAUCAAAGACUUUGCCAUUUCCGGAUGCCUUGCCUAUAAUUUUUUAAAAGGCGUUCACCUGUUCAAGACACAGAUGGGAAACCUCUUUCCAAUUCGGAAGCGUUUCCAAAGACUGUAAUGGAGUUUGUAGGAUGUUGGCAAAGUGAUCUGCAGGCAGGUGUGUGUUUGGUUGUUAGGCACUGGGCUGCUGUGAAUCGGUCUGUAUGGCUGGACCCAAGAUCCUCUUAGAAAUGUAGUAUUUCCUCACUGCGUUUCUUCUGCCUUCACAUCCCACAAACUGGAGCACAGACCUGGGGAUGUACUCUGAGGUAACUCAAGAUAAUCUGAUUUUAAACACCUAGCAGGCUCCUCUUUGCAAAAGGCAGAGGACGUGCCAAAAUCCAGCGCCUUGUAACAGAUAUGAACAAUAUUCAAGUGAGGACGGCAAGCGUAGGCUGCAUGGGGAAAAACUCACAGAGCUGGAAGGUGCCUCAAGCAUUUGACUGUGUUUAACAAUUUUCCAUGUUAUGUGGAAAUCGGGGCCUUAACACUGGGACUUUGGCUGAGGCUUUUGACACCCCCCUAUCACAGCAAUGGGGGACCUGAUUAUGCCCCCCAGCCCCUCCGCCAUUGACCCACAAGACCAUUUCAGCCAAGCCGCACCCACAGGCUAUCUUAUUAGAGGGUUCCUAGUAGACCCAUCAAAGAGAAUGAACAUGACUACCUUAGAUUCAUGCAUUCCAGUGGGUCUGCACUGAGCAUAAUUCAGUUGGAUACAAUCCUGAGAUCUUGUAGGACGUCAGCUGCAGGCAGGUAAAGACCUGACCCAGCCAGAAAAGGCUUCGCCAA